AAUUAUCCGCACUUAAACAAAAGAUAAAUAUUUGCGUAAUUCGUGUACUACCUUUUGACUGUGUUGGGCUUAACUCUUUACUUUUUUGGUUGGAUGAAAGCCUCCUUUAUAGUAGAAACUGUAAUAACAAUAUUACUCAGUAAUCAUUGGAAAAAAAAAUCCCAUUUUAUUUAAAAAAUUCGGUCAAGUUGAAGCACCUCAACUUUAGAAAGUUAGUUCACAAAGCGAUUGGUCGACAUAAACAACCUCCGUUUAAUACGACCAACAUGGAUUUCCUUAAGAUUACAAAGGUCGAAAAUGUACAACUUGAAAAAUCGGGAGAAGUGGUUGUGGGUACACUUCAUUUGACAACACACCAAAUGAUUUUCAAAUAUUCAGACAAUAAAGAAGAAUUAUGGAUUUCAUAUCCAAUUAUUCAUACUGUUGAACGUCGUCCGCCAACUUCAGAACCAAGAUACUGGCCUCUACUCAUAAAAUGUCGCAAUUUUAUCUUUGUUACGAUAUCGGUACCAGUAGAAAAAGAAGCGAUCGAUGUUUUUGAUACCAUACAAAAGUUAACUUGUAUCAGCUCUAUUAGUCAGCUUUAUGCGUUUUAUUAUAAGCCAGAGAAGGAAUUCAGAUGCAAAGAUGGAUGGGAAGUCUAUGAUACACGCAAAGAAUUUACUCGAAUGGGUGUUUUUUCCAAAUCAAGUGCAUGGAGAUUUUCGUCUAUAAACGAAAACUAUAUGAUAUGUCCUACUUAUCCGUACAUGUUGAUUGUCCCUUACAAAAUUAGUGAUAAUGUUCUGAAUCAUGCUGCUAAAUUUCGAAGUAAAUCUCGCAUACCAACAUUAAGUUAUUUUCAUCACCAUAAUAAGGCUACAAUAACGCGAUCUAGUCAGCCGAUGGUCGGAAUUCAAAAAAAACGUUCAAUACAAGAUGAGAAACUUAUUCAAGCUAUCUUUGAAUCUAAUUUAACCGUUUUACCUAACGGAAGGCCUGUUUAUGGAUCGACUCCUCAUAAUUUGAUUAUUGAUGCACGGCCAACAGCGAAUGCAAUGGCCAAUACAGCAAUGGGAGCUGGAUCAGAAAAUACGGAAUACUAUAAGAAUUGUGAAAGGAAGUUCAUGGGUAUUGAUAAUAUCCAUGUAAUGAGAGAAAGUUUGGCUAAAAUGGUAGAUACCUUGCAGAUAGCAGAUUCACAAGGAUUGCCUAUUAAGAAGUAUCAAUUAGAUAAAUCUAAUUGGCUUAAACAUAUUAGUACCUUAUUAGUUUCAGCACAUGUAAUUAUUAAAACUGUUAAUGUCAAUGCUUCGCAUGUACUUAUCCAUUGUUCAGAUGGAUGGGAUCGAACAGCACAAUUAACUUCGAUUUCAGAAUUAUGUUUGGACCCAUAUUAUCGUACUUUCCGUGGAUUUCAAGUGCUAGUUGAAAAAGAAUGGGUAUCAUUUGGUCACAAAUUUAGUGAUCGAUCAGGACAUCUAUCGAAUGAAAGGUAUUUCAUUAAUAUGUCAAACACGAAUGCUGCGGGAUCGGCAUUUAAUUCGGUACAAAGUAAAUUUUACAAACAAUCACAUGUUCGUGAAAUAUCGCCAGUUUUUCAUCAAUUCCUAGAUUGUGUUUAUCAAUUAUUUCAUCAAAAUCCAACACGGUUUGAAUUCAAUGAGGAUUUUUUGGUAGGAUUACAUUACCAUUGUUACUCAUGUCAAUUUGGUACAUUUUUAUUAAAUAGUGAAAAAGAAAGAAAAGAAAAUCAUGUCACUGAAAAGACUUAUAGUGUGUGGGAUUAUUUUAAUAGCGACAGAGAAUUAUAUUUAAACCCACUAUAUUGUGGAGAGGAAGAAGAUAAAACUUCGAAAGAAGACAUGGGAGUAUUAUAUCCUGACACGAAAAAUCUUAAAUAUUGGGCAAAAUUAUUUAAAAGAGAGGAUGAAGAAUUAAAUGGAAAUAAAGAUGAAAUAACUGAAGAAAAAUCAAGAUGGAGAUCAGAUAAUUCAUCACCAAAAUCAGAGACACCAAGUAUUAUGACGGAUCCGCUUGGAGUUAUGGAAAUUGGAGGAAACACAAACAAUAAUGGUAAUGGAAUUUGGAAUAACACACCAACUAUGUCAGAGAUAUCAGUAUCUUCACCUAUUGGAAAAACCACGACUGAUCUUGAUGCAAGACUUGAUCCAUGGAGUAAUAAUGAUUAUGUCAAUAAUAAAAAGGAAAUAUCCUUUUUUGAAGAAGAUAAGGAAUCAAACGUACAAGAUAUGGUUGCCUACUUUGCUAAAACUACAAUUAAAAAUGUGUAUUCAAAUGUAUCAAAUGUAGCUACAAAUGUAGUUAACAGAAUCAAUUUAGAUUUAGACAGUAAUAGUCCAUCCAUCAAGAAUAGCAAUGAGGAUAGUGAAAUUACUACACCUAAAGAAGAAUUAGUAGAAAGUGAUUAUAAUAACAGAUCUAGUACACCAAGUACUCCGGGAACUCCGAAAUUAAGGGAAAUGGUAUCAUUUGGAAGUAAUGGAAAUAAUGAUAAUGAAAUGGCUGAAGUCAAUAAUGGUAUUGUAACAUCAAGUAAUUCCAAUGGGAGAUAUUUUCCAGUACCAUUUUUAACAUCAAGAAAAGAAAGUAAUCGUAACUCGUCAUUACCUUCUUUGGGUAUAAGAACUACACCACCUACAUCACCAUAUUUAUAUACAAAUUCAGGUAGUAGUACUCCAAUUUAUGAAAAACAAGAAAAACAAUCAAGUCCAAUUUCAUUUUUAACGAAUGGUAAUGAUGGUGGGGGUGGGUCACCAUCAUCCAAGUCAAAAAUAAAUGGAUUGAAUGUAGUAAAUGGAUUAAAUGAAUUAGAAAAAUCAUUAAUGUUAGCAACAAAUACAAGUAUAAAUCCAAGUGGAUUAGGAUUAGGACUAAAUUUUGGUAGUGAUAAUAAUAGCAGUGACAGUUCAAACUCAGCUUCAAGAACUAAUAGCUUAGGUGCAAAUGUGAGUUUAGGAGGAAGUGAUACAAAUUCUAGGAAUAAUUCACCAUUGAGUACACCAAUACAAAAUUCCCCUUCAAUUCUAAAGCCACAAGACAAAAUGAAAGAAUUACCACAUCCUUUGUAUAAUGAUCCUCUUUCUUCUCCAUGACCGAUUUCUCUUUAAUAGACUUUUCACCAAAGACUUAUUUAGCAGCAUAAUAAAAAGUUAACAAAUCUUUUUUAGUUAUGACUUAUGACUUAGAUAAUUGUGUUAGAAUAAUACAGUAUUAAAAAUAUACAUAUAUAUAAUAUAAUGUAUAUAUAUAUU